CCUAAGUCGAAUUCCAAUACUGGCGACUUAUUAUUUUACUGGAUGUCAAGCAUGGAUCCUCUUCAUACACCUGCGUUAACAAUAUCAUAAUGUACGUGACUUCUGUUUAGACAGAGAGGAGGAAGGAAGUCUACGUUCUUUACGCGUGUGACGUUGGAAGAUAUGUUUCUGCCCAUGCUCAGAAGGACGGAGGAGAACAGCCAGACUGCAGCUGAUAGAUGUGUUGUAGUGAUGUAAUGUUGCCUGUUUGGUGACUACGGAUGGCUGUUUGUGCCAGGCUCUGCGGAGUGGGUCAGUCGCGAAGGUGCCGGAGGCGUCAGCGGCAUAACCAGCAGGAUCAGGGCAGCGAUUCCGACAUGGACGAGGAAGAAGGGGAGCGGAUCGUGGGUCAGAGGCAAGGCAACGUCGGCGGCGGCGGAGGCCCGGAGAGCGGCGUCGCCACUGCAGGGCCGAGUGACGCUUGUGAAUAUGGCAGCGGUCAUGUCAACAGAGGAGGCUCUCUCAGUCGCACAAGCACGGGACCUCCACACCCGCAAUCAUUAGUGGAAUUACCGCCUGAGCUUCUAGUGGAAAUAUUCUCUCUGCUUCCCGGAACAGCGUUACCGAACGUGGCCCUCGUCUGCAAGAAAUUCAGACAAAUCCUCAAUACCGAAACCAUCUGGAGAAGGCGGUGCAUUAAGGAGUUUGGCAUGAAGGAGGAUCUGAGGAAGAUGGAAGUGGGGGGAGUGUCUAGCCGGGACCUCUAUGUUAAGCGUGUCAACCCACGGGUGAAGUCUGGGCGCUUUAUGAAGCUCCUCCCGGACUACGAGCACAUGGACUAUAGAGAUGUGUACACACACUUGCUUCACCCAUACAGACAUAUUUUGGGCUUAUGGCAGCCUGACAUAGGCCCGUAUGGCGGAUUGCUCAACGUUGUGGUGGACGGGAUGUUCAUCAUUGGCUGGAUGUAUUUGCCACCUCAUGACCCCCGCGUAGAGGAUCCCAUGAGAAGACGGCCGCUCUUUCGCAUCCACAUGUGGGAGAGCAAAAAGGCCACUGUGGAGUGUAUGUACGGACACAAAGGUCCCCAUAAAGGAGACAUACAGACCGUCAAGAAGGAUGAAUUUUCAACUAAAUGUAACCAGACUGAUCAUCACCGUAUGCCAGGAGGCAGACAAGAGGAGUUCAGAACGUGGUUGGAGGAGGAAUGGGGCCGAACGCUGGAAGAAAUUUUCCAUGAGCACAUGCAGGAGCUCAUUCUCAUGAAGUUCAUUUAUACAAGUCAAUAUGAUAACUGCUUGACAUACCGGAGGAUCUACCUUCCUCCUUUGAUGCCCUCUGACCUGCUACAGCCAGGCCUCUUCAAAGGUACCUAUGGCAGUCAUGGCUUGGAGAUUGUCAUGCUCAGUUUCCACGGGACUUCUGCAAGAGCCACUAAGCUUACAGGAGACCCUAACGUUCCCGCAGGGCAGCUUACUUUAGAUGUUGACCUGAGCCGGCCUGUGGUCCUCCCAGACUUGGAGCAACAGCGCCAAAUAGAGGAACUGUCACGGCUUGUGCUUGGAGUGCAUGAGGAAGUGCAGAGGGAAGUGGAACAACAGGCCAAGGGUGGCUCUGCUGCAGUCAGUGGUGCAGCAGUGGGGGCCUGUGGUGGUGCCGGCGGCGGAACGGAAGCGAUGGACGUAGACCAUGGUGCCUGUUCAGACGGCUGUCAGCCUGGCCCCAGCAGCAGCAGCAGCAGCAGCACCUCCACCACCACCACCACCACCACCACCACCAAUCUUCCUGAAGCCCAGCCGUUUGUCCUGCCCCUGGGGGUCAUGGCUCGCAACGAGGUGUACCCUCGCACCUGCAGGAAAUGCUUCUAUGGCACAGGCCUGAUUGCUGGGCAUGGCUUUACAAGUCCAGAGCGCACCCCAGGGCUCUUUGUGCUGUUUGAUGAGGACCGUUUUGGUUUCAUCUGGCUGGAGUUGAAGUCUUUCAGUCUGUACAGCCGCCUGACGGACCAUCUAGCCCACGCUCACGCCCCAAACAUGGAGCGGUUUGAGGCCAUGCUGCAGAACAUGCAGUCCUGGACAUCCUGAUGCACCAAGCUUUAAGUCUCCUUCCUACAAUACAACCAUGACACACGAAUCACCUCUGUCCUCAGCUUCCAUUACUUUACUGUCACGUGUUUCACAAACAUUGGGUUUUACUGUCUAAUUACGUGAGUUACAUCACCCUUCCCCAAGCACACCCACACUCCUGUUCCCAUACAAGCACUUUGAAAGGUCUCUGGAGUCCAGUGUUUAUCACCUCACCUCUGUAAGACCAUAAUCCUCCAGUGCAGCAUGAUAACAGGUCACAUGUUUUUAUGAAUUUAUUUAUUUAUUCCCUGCAGGAGAAAAGGAAUGAUAUUUCAUACCACUUAUUAUGGAUCAAACUGUACGUGCCUCUAAAACCAUGUCUGUACUUGAUAGUGCUUGAAGAAGAUAAAGGUAUCCAAUGUAUUCUAAUAUAUAGUAUUACAAUGAUUUCAGUGCCCAACACGUUGAACUGCAUGCUGCGUUUUAUUUAGAUCUAAUCAUAUUACAUUCAUAACCAUUAUCUGAAAAUGUUGUUUUAUGUUCAUGAAGCAGCAUGCCUUGCUCUUAAGUUUUAUUUUAGUUUUUAUUUUUUGUUUUAGAGACAUCAGAAUAAAGAAAAGAGCAUCUCAGGUGUUUUUCUCUUUGCCAUUACUCAGUUAAAAACAAAAUAAUUUAUGUGUAUAACAAAGAUGUAUGAAGUUACAUUGAUAGAACUAGCGAGUGAGUUUUACAACUGGGCAAUUUUCUAACCAUUGACAAAGAAAGGACUUGCUGUCUUAUCAAACACUGUAGCUUAAUCAGUCAGUUUUGGGCAGACUGAUUUGUUUCUGUCCUUUGAACUUUACAGAUAUGUUUUUCAGUGAUAUGCUUGGGCUCAUGGUCCCACAUCAAAUAUUAUUCUAAUGUCACCACACCUGAUGAAAUAUUAUGUAAAUUGGAAAGAUGUAUUGUAUUGCAAUAGAAUAACAUAACCUAUACAUAAGCUGGAUUUAAUCAAAGUAUCAAAAUUAUACAGUUUAUGUGCUUAUAUAAUUAUGGUCUGAAACAGAAACUUGUCUUACCUAUUGAACUGUAUUGCAUUUGUUGUUUGUUUAAAUGGCUGACACAGUGUUUGCCUGGCUUUAUGCCCGCAAAGCUAUUCCCUCCACUUUUCCAAUUUAUUUCAAACCUGAGACCAGGCUUGCUUAACAUUAGACAAAACUAACAGCUCAAAGUGCAUCUCAAAGUACCAAGUAAGUGUCUGUAUGUCUCAUUAUGGCCUGAUGGUGAUACCCAGUAGCUUUCUUACUCCAAGUGCACUUUUCUGGGUAAUAUAGUGAAUCAUUCAAAACCACUGGCCAGCACUUUUAUAUCAGACUGCAGCUUUACUAAAAUUUGCAAAAAAAAAAAAAAAAAGUCUGCUAAAGCAUCAUUUGGGUUUAUUUUGUCACAUCUAAUUAAUUUACUUGCAAUUUUAGUACAUUUGUUUUAUACAUUCUCUGUCUGUAAGUCCUCUGUACCCAGCUAUUUGAAUGAUUUGCCUUUGAAAAGUGUUGCUUUAUACUAUUUUCAAUGCCAUACGCCUGAUUUUGUGAAAAACUAAGUUUGACCUAUUGAACUGCUCACAUCGGACUUCAGGGAGCUUUUCAGUUUAAGCGCUCUUCUCAGUAGUAAAAAUAAAAAAACUGAAAAGAA